AUGGCUACGAUGGACAUCAUCAAACUGCACGGUGGCAGUCCGGCCAACUUCCUGGAUGUCGGUGGUGGUGCCACAGCAAACCAAGUGACAGAGGCCUUCCGUCUCAUCACCUCCGACCCCAAGGUUCACGCCAUCCUAGUGAACAUCUUUGGUGGCAUCAUGCGUUGCGACGUCAUUGCUCAGGGCAUCGUCGCGGCCGCCUCUGAGCUCAACAUCAAGGUUCCCAUUGUAGUCCGCCUGCAAGGUGUGUGCAUGCAUGCAUUCUUUUGA